UAAAAAAAAAUCGAUCAAAAACAAACAAAGUAGGCAGGCAAACAAUGAUAAAUAGCAAUGGUUUCAUUAUAACAAUCAGUUGUUUAGACAACUGCAUCGAUUCUAUUCUUCAUUCAUAUUGUUUUUUUUGUUGACAUGUCAACAUUCUGUUAGAGAUCUAACCACGGCACUCGAGGACGGUCGCAUCCUAAUGACACAAAAAAAAUUAAAAUAAUAUUAGUGAAGACUUUUAUAUUUACUUAGUUCUAUUUUAUCACGGGAGUGGAAAAUGAGAAAUGCAUUUGUUGUUUUAGUUUCCUUGUGUAUUGGAGUUGUUUCCGGAUUUAUUGUGCCCUCGAGUCUUCCAGAGAUUGAUAGUAAAUGGAGCAACAUCACAACGGAAUCAACAAGCAACGCAACGAAUGAUACAAGUACUACUACGUUGCCCUCGAAAUUCGCUGUGUUACCCAAGAGUAGGAAUGACAUCGACGAGAAAGACCUCUACGAGCAUGCUACAGAGAAACAGAACAACCAGAAUGAAAGAGCUUUUAUAUACAUCAAUCAGAAGUUUAAGAAGCCAGUCCGUAACCGAGUCAUUAAAAUAUCACCAUUAGACAAGAUAGUGUUUGCUACAGUACCUCCGCCACUCAUGCCGAACAUACCAACUCCUUGUCCACUUGGCACUAGGGUUACUUCCAAUUCAUACUUCCAAGGAUUUGAAUUGUCUGACAAACUUCCACAAGAUAUGGCAUCGUAUUUUGCAGACCCCACCGUAUUUAGAUGCAAAGAUAAUAAUAAUAAAAAGCCAAAUAAUAAAAAGCCAAUUAAAAUUGCACCCGAUACUGCUCCGUUACAAUUUCCACCUCAACCACUAAAUAGAUUGGACGAACGCAGGGAAUACUUCGAACUUUUGAAACCACCCAUCGUUCGACCAGUGAGCCGAUUAAAUAAUGUAAAGACAGGCUAUGACAGUAUGCGUCAAAAUGAAUUCCCCUCAUUGUCACCCUCAAAUAUUACACCCAACAAAGAAAACUAUUUCAAACAGUAUAACUUGAAAAGUCCAUAUGUGUCGAAGCCGAAACCGAUACCCAUUCGGAAGGAGGAUCUACGUCAUAAAAAUUAUGGGUUCGACGGCUCAUACAUCAGACCUCCUUUCCAAGCUAAAGAUUUAGUUAAUAAAGUCGAGGAUGUUAAUUUCGAAGGGGACUUUAUCAAUGACGACGAUACUCAUAGAUUAACUGAUAAUAACCCAGAAGAGGAUAAAUUAUUAGACAGAUACCUGAAAGACACUUUAGAAGAACAGAAUUACGAAAAAAGUAAUAAUAAUAUGCCCGAUUGUAGUUACCGAGACUGUAUUUUACAAUCUUCGAAGCCAUAUUAUGUAAACUCCGGUCGCCUAGUUAAACCCGAAUGUAAAUGUGGAAGACGAUUAAAUAUAAAGCAAAUUGACCCAUUCGUAGCAAAGGAUAGAGCUUUAAGAGAAGAAGGAAAACACAAUGAUACUGAUUUAAGGGGAUCGUCUGAAAUUAAUUAUUACGAGGAAAUGUUAUCUGAAGACUUAAAUCUAAUCAAACAAGACGACGAUGUUGUCAGACCGCCGAACAAGUUCAACGAAACUUCUGUGCACUAGCUGAUAUUCCACAGAGGUAUUUUAUUAAUUGAAGAGUUAGAUGUAGCUUCUAUGCAAUUUACUAUGGCACUCCGCAAAGCAGGCUGUCGAGCCAGUUGACCAACGCGCUGCAUUUAUAAUAUAAAAUUCUAAAAGUACAGUCGAAGAAUACGCAGGUCUUGAAGCAACUAUUCCACAGGAAAGUGCUCGCAGUGUAGAUCACGAUAACGACUGCUCAAAGCUAUCGCGAUUGAGAUCUCUGCGCGCGCAUCCCUCUUCUUACCGGCGUUUGUUGCUCCGAGAAAUGAAAUGUAAACACUGUAGAACGCCAACAGAUGUCCAGAUAGCCAAUAGAGGCUUCAGAGAAAUACAGACUAGCCAGAAGGGACGCCCGUCCCAAUUGAUAAACUUUUUCGCAUCUCAAGUGUUCGGUUGUGUAAUGCAUUGUAUUUUAAGUGCCUGCAUUAUUCGAAAGAGAAUUGUGUAUUCUCUAAUCGACAAUAACAUUUAGAAUUAUAUCAUGCUUUGCACCGAAAUAAUAAUUCCUAUGGAAAUUGAUUAGAAUCAUCGUAAUGUUAUGAUUCGUGUAUUGUUUCUUAUUGGGGUACUUGUAGAUAAUAAUUGCUUACAGAAAACAAUAUUUUAAUUGUGCAUUCUGUGACUUCGAUGUUCUAUCUAGUUUCUUUAUUUCUUUCAGUUUCUUUUCAGUAUUUGUCGAGGGAGAUGAAUUUGCUCGGACCAUGGACAUUGUUCGAAAAUAUUUGAGUCUUCGAAUGGACGAUUUGGCAAAACUUUAAAGUAGUUUUGUGUACUAGAUUUAUACGUAUUUGGAAAUGGUAAACUGGGCAGAGUUUACGUUCUUGUCUUUUAUGACAAGUUGUAAGAAACUUGCUUAGUUCGUCAAUAAGUGGGAAAUUACGAUGCUAUCUAGAAAUCGAUGACAUUGAAUUACGUAUCUGUGUGUUUAAUUUCAAUACCUAUUAUCUUUACCACGUACGUACGUCUGUUUGUAAAUAUUGAAUAUUUAAUUGAUUGUUUUUUGUUUCAAAACAUCUUUAUGUUGCAGUUUUUAUCUCGGCUUUCUGUUUUGCAAUCCUUGAAUGGGUUGGCAAUAAUAUUAGUCAAUUUGUUUUUAUCUAGGUUUAAAU